AUGUCUCAGCACAAGUUCCUGUUCACUUCUGAAUCCGUCUCCGAGGGACAUCCGGAUAAAAUGUGCGAUCAAAUAUCGGAUGCUGUUCUCGACGCUCACUUGGAACAAGAUCCACACGCUAAGGUCGCCUGCGAAACGGUGACUAAAACGGGUAUGAUCAUGUUGUGCGGUGAGAUCACCUCAAAAGCCGUCGUCGACUAUCAAGUUCUCGUCCGUAACGUCGUCAAGAAAAUCGGAUACGAUGAUUCGUCGAAAGGAUUUGAUUACAAGACUUGCAACGUUCUUGUCGCUUUGGAGCAACAAUCACCUGAGAUUGCCGCAGGAGUUCAUAUCGACAAGAGUAGCGAUGAUGUGGGAGCUGGUGACCAAGGAAUCAUGUUCGGUUACGCCACCGAUGAAACUGAAGAAGCGAUGCCAUUGACGCUCCUUCUCUCUCAUAAGUUGAAUCAUAAGCUCCAUGAGCUCCGUCGUUCCGGAGAACUCGACUGGGCACGACCGGAUUCCAAGACUCAAGUCACUAUCGAGUACGCUUCCGAAGGAGGAGCUUGCGUUCCUCUUCGUGUUCAUACCGUCGUCAUCUCGACUCAACAUUCUCCAGAUGUUAGCUUGGAGGAACUCAGAAAAGAACUUAUCGAGAAGGUCAUCAAAGCGGUCAUCCCAGCAAAUCUUAUUGAUGAAAGCACCAUAUACCAUCUCAACCCAUGUGGAUCAUUCAUAGUCGGAGGACCAAUGGGAGAUGCUGGACUCACUGGACGUAAGAUCAUCGUCGACACUUACGGAGGAUGGGGAGCUCACGGAGGUGGCGCUUUCUCUGGAAAGGACCCAACCAAGGUCGAUCGUUCUGCUGCGUAUGCUGCUCGCUGGGUUGCUAAGUCACUCGUCAAGGCUGGACUUUGCCGUCGCUGUCUGGUUCAAGUUUCUUACGCCAUCGGUGUUGCCAAGCCACUUUCCGUCAUGGUCUUUUCCUUCGGAACAUCUGCUCUCAGCGAAGAAGAUCUACUCAGUAUUGUCAAUGACAAUUUCGAUUUGAGACCAGGAAUGAUUAUCAAAAAUCUUGACCUGAAAAGACCCAUCUAUGAGCCAACCGCUGAGAACGGGCAUUUCGGACACAAUGAGUUCCCAUGGGAACAACCACGUCAUCUUAAUAUUUCCGCCGAACUUCUCGCCAAAGCCCAAGGACCUGUACUUCCUGAUUGUAUUGGAAUUGCUCACUAA